AUGGGGUUUUUGAGCGGAUACACUGGGGACAUGGGUCACGGAAGCUAUGGAAUGGAUGGAAUGUUUGGAGGGGGAGGCGGAACUUUUUCAGCUACUGGUGGAGGCUUUGGAACCUUUGGAGGACCUACAGCUGCAGCCGGUUUUAACUAUUUUCAUGGAAACGGAGAUUACUCUACAUGGGGAAGUAGUCCAGCGGCUAUGUCUAGAAAACCUCACUACGAUGAUUAUUAUAGAGAAGGAAUUUAUUCUACGGGCCCCGCGGACGCAAAUGUUAAAACUCUGGAGCAAAGUAUGCAAAACAUCAGUUUGGAAAGUGCUCAGUUUCAAAAAUCGGACGUUAAGGAUUCAAAAGAAUUAAAAGACAUGCCUACAGCUCCCAAAAAAAUGACUUGGGCUAGUGUAGCUAGUCAACCCGCAAAGCCACAGCCUAUAAUUCCUAGUGGGGGUAUGAAGAAAAAAGGUCCGGGUAUGCCCCCUCCUCCCAUGAUACCUGGAAAGCAUUUGGAUAUAGGUACGUGGGAAGGGAAAAACGGUACUAGCGUGCCAAAAGCUCCCGUCGGUCCUCCUCCUCCUGCAGCUAUAAGGCCCGCUUGGACGGCUCCAGCCGUACGUCCGCGAGCUCCAGCUGUUCCUUAUCCAACUCCACCUCCUCAUCCUAUGACGAUGAUAGCUCAUCCGUCUGUCAUGCCACAGCCAGCUUCACUCCAACCUCCCCCUAGCAUCACCCCGAUGAAUCACCCCGUCCUCGAUGAAUUACGCGUUAAAAACAACUAUAAUCCAUCAGAAUUUGACAUGAACUGCAAAGGAGCUAGAUUUUUUGUCAUAAAAUCAUAUUCGGAAGAUGACAUUCAUCGUUCAAUAAAAUACGAGAUUUGGUGCUCUACUGAACACGGUAAUAAAAGAUUAGAUCAAGCUUUUCGGGAAAGUGAAAAGAACGGUAGUGGUCCUAUUUAUUUGUUUUUUUCUGUGAACGGUUCGGGUCAUUUUUGCGGUAUGGCGCAAAUGGUGACACCCGUCGACUACCACGCUUCGAGCUCCGUGUGGUCUCAGGACAAGUGGAAAGGCCAGUUCCGCGUACGUUGGUUGUAUGUAAAGGACGUCCCCAACAAUCAACUAAGACACAUUAAAUUAGAAAAUAACGAAAAUAAACCGGUUACUAAUUCGAGGGAUACUCAGGAAGUUCCCUUUGAGAAAGGACGUCAAGUGCUAAAAGUUAUACAUCAAUAUCGCCAUUCAACAAGUAUAUUUGACGAUUUCAUACACUACGAAAAGAGACAAGAAGAGGAAGUAAGUCGAAAAAUGCCGGAAGACGUGAGAGACGGGAGACAUCAAGGAAGAAAUGAUGAAAGAGAUGAUAGAGGACAAGAUCAUCGUGACGAUCGCAGAGAUAGAGAUCAUCGUCCUGAAAGAGACUCGGGACGAUCCCAUCAAGGUCCCCCACCUCAUAGAGUAAGGUGGUAA